AUGUUGGAGAAGUGGCAGUUUCCUCCGCUUCCUUCUGGGUCUCUCACUGGAGUCCAAUCAGGCUCUCUUACGAGGCUUAAUGCCCCAGACAGGAAGCAGCUCUCACAGGAAACAGUCGAGUACAUCAAGGAGAAGAUCAGGGAGAAUCCAUCUCCAGAGAAAUCCAUCAAUCUGUUCCACUGUCUGAAUGAACUGAAUGAUCAUUCUCUAGUGCAGGAAGUACAGACUUACCUGAACAGAGAAGGUAACACUCGUCUCAGUGGAACCAGACUCUCUCCUGCUCAGUGGUCAGCUCUGGUGUUUGUGUUACUGAACUCGGAUCAGGAGCUGGAUGAGUUUGAUUUGAGUAAAUAUGACCAAUCAGAGGAAUGUCUUCUGAAUCUGCUGCCUGUGGUCAAAGCCUCCAGAAAAGCUGAGCUGUGGGAGUGUAAUCUGACAGAGGAAAGCUGUAGAGUUCUGUCCUCAGUUCUCAGCUCAAACUCCUCCAGACUGAGAGAACUGGACCUGAGUGACAAUAAACUGCAGGAUUCAGGAGUGAAGCUGCUCUCUGCUGGACUGGAGAAUCCACACUGUACACUGGAGACACUGAGGUACACACGUGCUGCGCCCCGCCCCCCUUUCCGGAAGAGACCAGCUCCUGCUUCAGAUUCUACAUUAGCCUUAUUCACAAAACAGCCUUGUGUAAAAUGAUUCACAGAGAACCUACACAGUUUCAGACUGUGUUUGCAUGAAUACUUGGCCAGGCCUGUGUUUUGACAUGAUGUGUGUGUAUUUAUUUCACCAUCCAAGCAUAAUAAGCCUCUAAAGAGAACUCAGUUCAGUACUCGCAUGAUGAGGCGGCUGUCUGUGCGCGCAUUUCAAGUGUGGCCGGGAGACAUCGAUUAAUUUCUUAUCUUAAUUUUAUGCUGACAUCCCACCGUGCAAAAACUCAUUUCAGGGAGGUAGCUCCACCACCCCUGCAGCCCCAUCAUCUCACCGAUAUACAGACAUACAUACACUCAUUUUUCUCACCCAUAUAUAUAUAUAGUCUGGGGCGAAGUGCGUGUUUUCUUUUUUUUUUUUUUUGGACACUCUGCCAUGACGCUACAGUGAUGCUGAACUGAUUAAUGCACUGAAGAGAGAGAGAGAGAGAGAGAGAGAGAGUGGUCGACUUUAAAGCCUGCCCAAAGAGAAGCUAGCAGAAAGAGAGACCAAUCAGGAAAUGUUCUGUCACUCUCUCGCUCUUGUUACUCGCUCUCUACUCCUACUGGUCUCUCGAUCGCUCUAAAAAAAUCAAUUUCCGGUUUAUUGUAUAUAAUUUUCGGCCGUCAGGUAGCUGCUAUCGGUAUACGGGAGACUCCCGGAACUUCCGGGAGAGGUGGGAUGUCUGUUUAUGUUGUUAUUUAUUUUUUAUCUUUCUUUUCAUGUUACACAUGACGCGGACUCGACUGUACUCAGAAAAACUACCGAGUCCAAAAUGUCCGAGUCCGUGUCAAGUUUGAGUACAAAUUUACUUGUGUGUGACAAGUCCGAAUUCUCUUCAUAAUUUGACUCGAGUACCCCAACUCCAAUAUAAUUCACCCUCCCACAAUUACUGCAGGUUAUAACACAAAAACAAGCAUAACAUACUCAUAUAUACUAAUAGUAGUUACGGUUCUAAUGUAAUCUCCUUUUCCAUCUUUCCAGUCAUUAUUCUGCUGGCAGGUGAUCAGAGAUGAGUGGAUAGUGUCUGUCCUCCCUAUAAACUUGGUUGCCAUUCAUGAUUUUUUCUUAAAUAAAUUAUGUUUUUGUGUUUUAAAUAGAGCUGCAACAACUAAUCGAUAAAAUCGAUUAUUAAAAUCAUUGUCAACAAAUCUCAUUAUUGAUUAGUUGGUCUGCACGCGGUAAAUUUACUCAUUAUGUUACUUCUGUACCGAAAACACGCUCCAGAGAGUAAAUACUAAUGUUGUGUCCCAAAUGAUGUACUAUACGCUUACACUAUGCAUUGUGCACUCUACCGUCGACUGCAGCGUUUCCGCAGUGGUGGUCAGUUUGGCCAGUGGUGUAAUUGCAGGGGGGAAAGUUUUAAAAAUGUUUAUAUAAUAUUAUAUAAUUUUUUGUUCAAUGUGUCAAAAUAUAUUCAAACGAGAUGUUUUUAAAAUUAAUCAAUUUGGUUAUUUGUGUGCAUUCACAAAUAUCACGUUAGCU